CAAUGAGUGCUGACUUGAUUAUUCUUAUUUCUAGUGGGCCGCGAUCAACAACCAGUAUGCGAUGUGCAAGUUCCUGAUAGAUAACGGAGCCGACGUGAACGCCAAAGGAGGAGAGUCAGUUGCUACUCCCGCGAUGUGGGCGGCUCAACGAUGCCAUUAUUAUAUCGUCCACCUACUACUCCGGAACGGCGCCGACCCCCUUCUUACUGACGUCCAAGGGUAUAAUAUCCUUCAUCUGGCUACGAUCGAUGGAAAUGCGUUCCUGCUUGUGCUCCUCCUACACCAAGAAAUCCCGGUGGACGUUACCGACCAGCAGGGCCACACAGGUCUGAUGUGGGCGGCUUACAAAGGGUAUCCCGCUUGCGUGGACUUAUUCCUGCGAUGGGGUGCGAACGUAAACGCCGUCGAUGAUGGUGGACUCACACCUCUCCAUUGGGCUUUAGUUAAGGGGUCGUUACCGUGUGUUCAAAAAAUUCUUGAAUACGGUGCAGAUCGGUCUGCGAAGACAAGGGAGGGCAAAACAGCCGCUGCGGUAGCGCAGGAGAUGAACACAACUCAUGUCUGGUACCGUGCCCUGAAUGAAUGUGGCUACGGCUUCGAUGGAAACAAGAAGGUUCUGCCCAUGGGCUUGACUUCCUGGGUGCGAGACAAGAACAUCAUGUCCAAAUAUUUCUUUCUAUGGCCUUUCUUUUUGAUCUUUGUGGUGCUAUGGAUCCUCAGCAACUUGGUGAUAUAUGCCGCUAUUCCGCUAGCGAUUGUGGCGGUGUUUGGGUUGCAGUGGGUAGCCCAGAAGGCUGCGAGUCAAGGUCCAUCGGAGUAUAGGGUACUGCAGAAAACGCCCUUCUUGUCCGGUGUUUUUGCAGGUUCACUAUUUUGGGUAUUUAUCAGAUAUCUACUUUACGUGCUUCCAGCAACAUAUUCCUCGUCUCCUAUCCUGAAUAUUAGCUUCGCGGUUCUCUUCUCCCUAACGACCUACUUUUAUUUCUUCGCGAUGGUCACGGAUCCUGGAUACGUGCCGAAACUUGGAAGUAGAAACCAACAAAGAACUGUGAUUGCGGAGCUGUUUGAGCAGUGGAAAUUCGACGAGGAGAACUUUUGUGUUUAUUGCAUGGUCCGGAAGCCACUUCGCAGCAAGCAUUGCCGACGCUGUGUCCGAUGUGUUUCGAAGCACGACCAUCAUUGUCCCUGGAUCGACAAUUGUGUUGGUGCGAAUAACUUACGCCAUUUCGUUCUGUACAUUAUCUGCUUGGAAAUCAGUAUUAUUCUAUUUUUACGCUUAACCUUUAAUUAUAUCAAUAUUUUGCCUGCCCCGGCUGAACCGAAAUGCAACAUCUUGAAUGAUCAGAUCUGUGAUUUCGUCCUUCGCGACACCUUUACCCUACUUCUUAAUUUUUGGGCCUCUAUCCAGCUGGUCUGGGUUACCAUGCUUUGCGCCGUCCAAUUGGUUCAAAUAUCACGGAACCAGACCACGUACGAGAACAUGCGAGGGCAUUCCAUUGAUCGAAGCUACCCUAGCUCGCGUGCUUUUGCCUCUGCUGUCGCUGCGGGAACAACCUCUCUUGAUGCGGCGGGUCUCUCGGCUUCCGGCCAGGGUCCAAAUCCGGCGUUACCUCACGGUGGCCACUCGCACGGGCGGAGGAAAGGCUGCCUGAAACAGUGGUCAUCUCUUCUUGGUAUCGAUGCAUUCUUCGCAACGGCGCGGGACGGGUUACGGGACGGCCCACGGGCUGCGCGACCCAAAAACCCAUUCUCACGCGGCGUUGUUACGAAUUGUCGGGAUUUCUGGUGUGAUUCAGCACCAUUGUUUGGAAAACGAGAGCCCGGGUCUGCCAUGCUUGGUGGUGAAGUCGUCAACUACCACCGGAUGUACGAGACUCCAUUGAGAAUUCACAGCGGCGGUGGGUAUAGGAGCGUGGCAAACGACGAAGAGAUGGUUUGAGUUAUGGUUUCUCUGAUAAUAGAUUUUGGUUUGGUGUGGUUUUUUUUUUUUUUUGUUUUACCAUUUUUUGGGCUGGUCUUCGAGUGCGAUAUAAUGGAAUAUCGGGUGAAGCUCGAUUUAUGUCCGGUUUAGUUACGACUAGUUCUCCUGUAUAAUGUUUGCAUACCGAGCUACCUUGGUUGUUCAGUAGAUAUUAUUUAGCAUUAACAUAAUUUGAAUGUGAGAUAUGUUGGGUGAAUGUAUUCAAA